AUGGCGCCGCCGCAGCAGCCUCGCACGAACUACACCAUGUGCCCGACCCCGUCCUGCCGCGCUGGCAAGCAGUGGGAUUGGAAUUGGCGUAUCAUCAAGAAUGGCGGAGCGUGCUCGGUGUGUGGACAGGCGCAGCAGCUCUAUUCUCCGAAGAAGAAGAAGGACAAGCCCAAGGGAGGAUCGCCGAAGGGGCCUGGGCCAGCCGUGCCUGCCGCUUCAUCACCUGCGAUCUUCAGCCCCUGGGGUAAGGCGAAGCUCAUCAACCAGCUUGAGGCCCUUGUACAGCAAGAUGCAUCGGUUACGGCUUCAGUUCUCGCCAUCAAGCAGGCAGUCGAGACGCCAGCGUUGCCGAGGCCGCGCACACCCUUGGAGCAGCUCCAGUCGACGGAGGCCCAGGCGAAGCAGGCGGCCACCAACGCCCACAACUUCCUCUCGGAGAUUUCCAACUUGGAGACGCGCCUGAAGCAGGCGCGCCAGGACUACGAUCAGGCCAUGGAGGAGCUCGUGGAUGCUGAGGAGGCCCACGAGGUCAAGCCCGAGUCUGUGCCCGAUUUCUUGGCAGCGUAUGAAGAUAAGCUCAAGAGUAUUGCGAUUGAAGAGUACGAGGAUGGAGAGGCCAAGGACAAGCUGCAGACGGCCCUCACGGCCAUGGAUGAGGCCAAGGACCAGGCCGCGGCGGUCAUCCACGCCGUUCAGACGGCCCUCGAGGGGGUCAAGCUGGCUGCAGCGCAGGCGCCCCUCAAGCGGCGGCGCGCGGUGGAGGUGGCGUCUGGCCCAGAGGCGACGGCGUCGGCAGUCGGCGCGGAGGGUUCUCUGGGCUCAGCCACGAAGGCUGAAGGCGGCGCCGAGGUGGGCACCGCAACUGGCGCCGAGGGAGCCAAGGCGGCGGCCGCGGCCGCAGCCCCAGCAGCCCCGUCUGACGCUGAGGCCAAGGCCCGUGCCUCCAAGGUCAAGGCAGCACGUGAACGACUUGAGCAGUCUGCUGCGAAGGCGAGCCCAGUCGCGAGGCGCGCAUGCAGGCAGUCACCUGGCCCGCCCUUCGACGACAGGAGUGAGCUGCGUGGCACCAGUGAUAUCGGAGUUGGCACCUUCGACCUCGGUCUCAGGCAGCCCCCAGCUGGCCCGCUCUUCGGGGAUGGGGGCACGAGCGAGGUACGAGGCAUCGUCAGCUCCGUGGAGGCCGAUUCCGUCGACCUCGAGUCCAGGCAGCCCCCAUCUGGCCCGCUCUACGGGGGUGGGGACACGAGCGAGGUGCGAGGCAUCGUCAGCUCCGUCGAGGUUGGCCCCUUCGACCUCGAGACCAGGCAUCCUCCAUCUGGCCCGCUCUUCGGGGAUGGAGGCACGUGCGAGCUGCGUGGCAUCUUCAGCUCCAGUGGAGUUGGCUCCGUCGGCUCCGAUUACAGGCACCCUCCAUCUGGCCAGCUCCUCGGGGAUGGAGGCGCGGGAGACAUUGGAGCUGGCGUCGUCUACUUCGGUGUCUUGCAACCCCCAUCUGGCCCGCUCUACGGGGAUGGGGACACGAGCGAGCUGCGUGGCAUCGUCAGCUCCGAUGGUGGCGUCCCAGCCUACUACGGGGGGUGGCAGCCUCCAUCUGGCCCGCUCUUCGGGGAUGGAGACACGAGCGAGCUGCGUGGCGUCAGCAGUUACACGGCACCUCACCGUGCUGGUGCGUCUCUCUUCUUUGCGAAUGUCACGGGAUGGGGGCCCCGUAUCCACAAGUUUGUGGUGGAGCAUAAGAGUAAGUAUGGCAUGAUGGCGUUUGUGGAGACUCACGUCACCGAGGCGAAGCUCAUUCAGUAUCGUGCCAGUCUGGACGUUGAUGGUUGGAAGUUAUCGGCUUGUGCUGCGGUGGGCACGGGUCGGUCUGCGGAGGGCACGAGUGGAGGUGAGUGGGUUCUGGCGCGGUCCCAUCUUGCUACCACGUCCUUCGAUCGGCAGAGGGCCCUGAUGACCAAGGAGCGCCUGAAGGAUCCCUGCCGAGGCUGGGUGCCAACUGUCUGGCAUCUGCGUGCAGGCAACCUCAUUGUGAUUGCUGCCUACUUCUUGCCCAAGCACGGUUUCGGAGGCCUCAACCUUGAUAGGUGGGCUUCUCUGCGAGCCUUUUUGGCAUCAGUAUCUGACCCGUGGAUCAUUGUUGCAGAUUGGAACCUGACCCCGACGGCCCUGGAGGGCAACUCGUUCCUCAAGGAUGUGGGAGGCACAAUCGUUCUCCCAGAUGUCCGUGUCACCUGUGACAAGGGUACGGGGCCGCUCAUUGACUAUGCGGUGGCGUCGGUGUCGGUGGCAGACUUAGUCUCGGUCAAGGGCGUCCUCACCGUUCCUUGGAAGGUCCACUGUGGCCUCCAUGUUGAGAUACAGGGCACGUCGACGGCAUGGUGGCACCGCGCUUUGGUCUUGCCGCGGCCGCUCCCUGCUGUGGAUCGGCCACCGACGGCCCCUGACCCGCAGAGCAAGACCUACCAGCGCAAGCAAGCAGCCCUUCAGAGGCGCAAGGAGGCCUUGCCCCCAGAUCAUCAAGGUGCGUUUCACGAGCUCCAUCAGCCCCCUGACCCUCAAGGUUUGACUGGCGAUGUCUUUGAAGUCAGCCUGGAUCGAUGGAACUCUAACUCGCCCUCUGGAGCGGAUGGAGACGGUUGUCCGAAGUACACCUUCACGGCGGAGAUGCGCAUGAUUAGCGAGUCUCCUAUCGUCUCGUGGGCCCUCGAGGGGAACGACCAGCUAUCCCAAGACUAUGGCAAGUGGGUCCACCAGGUUGAGCAGUCCCUCCUGGACCCGAACCUCACGGCCCAGGAGCGUGCGCCUUUCAUUGGCAGAGCCCGAGGGUUUGCAGUCACUUGGAAGAAGUCGGUCUCGUCGCCUGGUCGAGGCCAUUGGAAAUAUGACGGUGCUGAACAUUGGUCGGUUAUGGAUACACUCUGCAGGAGGACCUUGGCCAUAUUCCUCCAUGACAAGGAUGAGGAGCAGAUGUGUAGCGCGUUGGCAAGUGCUGCUGGUCGAGUUCAGCAUCUGCGACAGUACCAUUUGGAUCAGCGACCUGACUUACAAGACAGAGCCAAGACGGCUCUUGAUCAUAUUGUCUCCCUACAUGAAGGGGUCCACAGUCUUACCAGCGACCAGAUGGUUGAGGGAUUGUGUCAGGUCGUGGUGGCAGUCGAGGCGGUUGCAGCUUGUGAGGUGGCGAGGGGCAUCGGCAAGGCUCGCAAGGCCUACGCCGACUGGGUCCGUCGCAUGUGGCGCACUUCCCCUGGCGCCCUGCACCGACACGUUCGUGACCCCGUCGCCCCUCGGCCUGAGGAUGCCACGGUGGUGACCACUCCCAGUUCCUUUGCCGCCAAUGCGGUGGCCGACCCCAUCACGAUCAUGGCCAACAAGUCGACGAAGUGGGGCAAGAUUUGGAGCGAUGCAGUGGAUACCCCAGCUAGUAUCAUUCAGGCGCUGAGCGCAAUACGACACAAAGCAGCUGAGGAGGACAUCCCUCCGCUGCACUGCGAGCAGCUCCAGGCUGCUAUCCGAGUCACGGGCAACAAGAAGGCUCGUGGAGUUGAUGUGCUUGGUGCUGGCGGCCUGUGCCGCCUGCCGACCCAGGCCCUUGAGGAGCUCAGGGACCUUUUCCAGCGAUGUGAGGCAGCCCGGGCAUGGCCGUUGCAGUUGGCGGCCACUCUUUCUGCCCUUGCCCCGAAGCCGUCGGGAGAGGGAGACCGUGUGUUGGGCAUGGUGCCGUUGCCUGUCAAGCUGUG